AAGUCUCUGUUUUUCUUUCUACUUUCAAAUCCCUACCUUUUGCUUCUUCUUCAUCAUCUAGAGACAUGAAUAACGCAUCUUCCUCUAAGAAUCUUCUCAUUGAAGAGAGAGAAGAAGUCAUGGUUUCUAAAAAAGAGAUGCAUAAAGAAUCAACUGAAACUUUUAAUGCAAGGAAGAAAGUGGAACAUUAUGAUGAAGAUGUUGAUGACGUUGAUGCAUCUCCCAAGGUACUGCCUUUGAGUCAUGUGGUUCAGAAAUUGGAAGAAGGCUUUUCUGCAAAACACAGAAGAUCUGUGAUACAUAGAUCAGUAAAGCAAGAUAAGAUAGGUGGGUUGGUGAACAGUAGUGUAUCUUCAGGUUGGAAGAUGAACAAGACAAGUGAGGAUUUUACAAGAAAGAGAUGCAUUUACAAGCCAGUGCAGCUGAAGCGAGCUCAUGAGGAUGAUGAGAAGAGUUCUAUGGAUGACAAAGAUGAUAAAUCGACUAUUUCUCAAAGGAUCAGAGCUAGGAAGAAGUAUAGCAGUGAUGCAGAGAGAACUGGAGGAGAUGCUUCUGGAACACUUGGAAAAAGAGCUAGAAGAUAUAUGGCGGUGGAUAGCGAUGACGAUUCAGAGCCUUGUCAAAAGCUUGCUUCGAUAAAAUUAGAGCAAAGGAGUGAAGAGGAUGAUGAAACUGCAAGCAAAGCACAUAAGACAAGGCAAAUUUUUGAUGAUUUUGAGGUUGAUGUAAAUGAAAAUACUGCAGAGAAGAAGAGUAUGAUCGAUGAUAAGCCAUGCAACGGAUCGAUAAUGCAAAGCAUUGGAAGCAAUGGGACCAAGAAAGCAGAAUGUUUGGUCCAUGAAGAUGGAGAAAAGAGUAGAUGCAAUGAGAAACUGUGCAGUGAAGUUAAGAAAGAAGAAGAAAUUGAUGAAAGAUUGAAACAGAGAAAGAUUGCAAUAAAGGAGAUGGAACUGAAGCUUGAGGCACGUAUUAUUGAGAUGGAGAAGACUUUGGCCAUGAUUAGAAAAUGGAAAACCAGAGGAAACAUGACUGGAAAUGGAGUUCCAUCAGACAGAGAUGAUGACGAUGAUAGCCUCACCGUUGCUCAAAUAACGACACUUUAUAAGAAGAAGUGUAGUGAGAACAGUGGAGGAAAUGCUUCUGAGCCGCUUGGUAAGAAAAUAAAGCUUGAGGCGGAUAACAAUGAUUUAGGGCCUUGCCAAAAGCUUUCUUCGAUAAGAGAUGAUGGAGAUGAAACUGUACCACCACCGGAAAUAGAGCAAAAGAAUGAAGAACCUCAUGAAACAGGAAGCAAAGAAGGGCUGCGUAUGGUUCUGAGCCCAUUCGAUGAAAAAAACUCUUCAAAACCUCCUGUUGAUUUUGGUCGAGCAAUUGACAUUGUUGUAUCUGCACCAGAGACAAGUCAAUUCUGUGAUGAUGAGCUUGAUGUAUAUGGAAGCAAUGCAGAGAAGAAGACUAUGAUCGAUGAUGACAGCGAGGAACCAAAGUGUUUACUCCAUGAAGAUGGUACCAUAACUAGAGAAAUGGUGAGAUCAGAUAAGAAGGGUUGCAGUGAAGCUGAGAAGGAAGAUGCUGAUGGAAGGAUCAAUGAGAAGGUGAUAGCAUUAAAGGCAGACAACAACAAAUCAAGCCCUCAUCAAGAGCUUGAUUCUGGAUGCACUAAUGGAGAUGAAACAAGCAAAGUGUAUAAGCCUAAGGUUCUGAAGCCAUCUGAUGAGUCAAACAUUCACAUCGCUGUAGGGCAUGGAAAUGAGGGACAGGAUUGUUUGCUUCAUGAUGAUGGCAUCGGAAGUGAAGAAGAAACUAUGAAAUCCAAUGAGCAGUUAAAGGUUUUUGAAAAGAGAAACAAUGAUUUGGGUGAGGGUGAUAAUGACACCACUGAAAAGAGAUUUCAAAAGCUGAAGGUGCUGGCAUUGUCGAUAGAGGAACGUAUUAAUAAGGCAGAAAGAACUGCGGCAUGGUGUAGAGAGAUGAAUACUAGAGAGUCUACUGAGAAACUUGCUUUGCCCAACAGAAUUUUCAAGCACGGCACUGAACCAGUGGGAUUAGAAAGGAUCAACAUGUGUUCAAGUUUAAAGUUGGUGGGCUUCGUGAAGGAUCUAUUGGGUAGUGAUUUCGAAAAGUUAGAAAAGUCCUUUCUGAGUACUAUAAUAAAGCUGGGACAAGACAAAACUGUUACAUUCUCCGGAAAGUUGGUUCAUUACCUACUUCAAAGAAGGAUAAUCACAAAAGAAGAAGAGUUGUGGUUUACAUUUGGUGAACAACCAAUGCGGUUUUCGCUAAGGGAAUUUUUCCUUACAACCGGAUUACCAUGUAGUGUUGUAGGAGGGACAAGUAACAAGAAGGGAGAUAGGAAGAAAAAAACAUAUUCAUGGAUGAAAGAUGGAAUAAAACUGAAAGAGCUGGUUCGUAUUCUGACAAACCGUAAAGGCACUAUGAAACCCGAUGAGAAAGUUCGCAUUGGUGCUAUAAUACUUGUUGAGGAUCGGAAAAUUCCGGUAGUUCGUUUGCUGCGAGCUAAGGAUUUUGAGGAAUAUUGCAGUUACCCUUGGGGGAAAUGUGCAUAUGACACAUUGGUGAAAAGUGUUGUGAAGCUCACUAGUAAUCAUUUGUCAAGGAAACAAUAUUGGUUUCAUGGAUUUCCAUUAGCUAUACAAUUUUGGGCAUUGUCUUCGGUGCAUCAACUAGGGACAAGAUUUGCGAAAAGAGUGGUUUCAACAACAAAUGGUCCAUUAUGCCUAGAGUGGACACACACUUCGACACCACAGUUAAGAGAAGUCGCAAGAAUCGCAGAACUUGAUAAGGUUGAGGUAAAAUGCAUCAUUGGAGAUCCCAAACUGUACAACAACUUGGUGAAGAAAGUUGUUGACGUGGAAUUUGGAAAAGUGAUUGAUCUGGUUGAGAAAGGAUAUAGGAUAAAGGCAAGUGAUUGGAUAAAUGGAUAUGUUGAUCUUGUUGCUUCAAGAGAGAUAGUUUUGGGAAUUAAAGAGAAUGGAGAACAAGGAAAAGAGACAGAAGACAAUUUGACCAGACUUUGUUCUCUUGAUGAGUGUAAUGAGAAGUUGGACAAGUUGACCAGACUUGUCACCCUUCAGGACAUAAAGAUAAAAAGCUUAGAGAUAGUUUUGGGAGUUAAAGAGAAUGCAGAACAAGGAAAACAGACACAAGAAAAAGAGGUUGUGGAGGAGGACACACAUAGAGACAGUGUUACCCCUAGUAAGAAGAAGAAACGUACAAGGGAGAUAAUAGAAGAGGAAAAGGACGAGGACAAGGAAGAAGGAGAAAACGGCUCUAAGGUGAACAGAACAAGCAAGGGUGGUGGAAUGAAGAUAGCUGAGGACUCAAGCAAGGGAGCUCGUGAGAACGAUGAGAGUACUAUGCGUCGUUGUCAGACACAGGUUCUGUCAGACGAUGAUGAAGAAGAUGACAUCCUCACCAUUACCCAACUGUUGAGAUUUAAGAAGAAGAAGUAUAGUGCUGGUAAGAAUAUUGGAGGAGAUACUUCUGAACGGAUUGGUAAAAGAAGUAGACUCGAGGCGGAUAGUAUUGAUUCGGGGCCUUGUCAAAAGCUUGAUUUGAUAAGAGAUGAAAAUGUACAAUCACCAGAAAUAGAACAAAGGAAUAAAGAGACUGAUGAAACUGGAAGCAUGUUAAGGAAGAAUGUUGUAUCAGCACCAGAGACAAGUCUCUGUGAUGUUGAGCUUAAUGUAUAUGGAAGCAAUGCAGAGAAGAAGACUAUGAUCGAUGAUGACAGCGAGGAACCAAAGUGUUUGCCCCAUGAAGAUGGUACCAUAACUAGAGAAAUGGUGAGAUCAGAUAAGAAGUGUUGCAGUGAAGCUGAGAAGGAAGAUGCUGAUGGAAGGAUCAAUGAGAAGGUGCUAGCAUUAAAGGCAGACAACAUAUUAUCAAACCCUCAUCAAAAGCUUGCUUCUGGAUGCGCUAAUGGAGAUAAAACAAGCAAAGCAUAUAAGCGUAAGGUUCUAAAGCCAUCUGAUGGUGAUCAGGGACAGGCUUGUUUGCGUCAUGAUGAUGGUAUCGGAAGUGAAGAAACUAUGAAAUCCAAUGAGCAGUUAAAGGUUUUUGAAAAGAGAAACAAUGAUUUGGGUGAGGGUGAUAAUGACACCACUGAAAAGAGAUUUCAAAAGCUGAAUGUGCUGGCAUUGUCGAUAGAGGAACGUAUUAUCAAGGCAGAAAGAACUGUGGAAUGGUUGAACAAAAGGAGAGCCAUGAAAGAGAGAAAAAUAGCAGCACCUUCUUUGAGUUAUGUUGUCUUGGACUGAUAAAGAAGUGAGAACUCAAAUCUCAUCUUUGUGAUCUUUUGUGUUUCCUGCUUAGAUAUUAAUAUCUUUUGAGGACUGGUUUGCUCUUAGUUUAAGUGUUUAAUUUGUAUUUUUUGAACUUACUAAGUAAUGAGCUAAUUAAUAGCUUCUUGGUGUGUUACAUGUCAGUGUUUUCAUACAGAGAUAGCCUGAUUUUCAUCAUAUAUAAACCAAGAAAUUUAGAGUUAUCUA